AUGCAUUCAUGUAGUUGUAGUUAUACUACUACUACUACUACUACUACUACUACUACUACUACUACUACUACUACUACUACUACUACUACUACUACUACUACUACUACUACUACUACUACUACUACUACCACUACUACUACUACUACUACUACUACUACUACUACUACUACUACUACUACUACUACUACUACUACUACACAGCUGAUGAGGUCGCCGCCAAACUAG